AUGGUGCGCUGCUUCUCCGGGGGCUCCCUGGUGAUCGCAGCCCUGCUGCUGCCGCUGCUGCUACUGCCCGACUCCCAGGCUGGCUGGAGCUGCGGAGAUCUGCUGUGCGGAGACAAGGAGGGCUGCUGUGUGUUCGGUAACGUCAGCCACACGGAGAUCAAAUGCUGCAAGCUGCCCUUCCACACUUUCCUGGACAAUGUGGGCUGGUUCGUCCGCAAGCUGUCCGGACUGCUCAUCCUCCUCGUGCUCUUUGCCAUCGGAUACUUUCUGCAGCGGAUGAUCUGCCCCAGCCCCCGCCGGUACACCCGGCCGCAGCCGCGGGGGCAGAACGGGCCGGGGCUCCUCAACGAGACCAGCUCGCAGGACUCGCUCAUAGACAGUGUGCGCCACCUCUCCGAGCAUGAGCUCAGGAUCAUCUCCUCGCCGCUCUUCCUGCAGCUGCCCAGCUACGAAGAGGUCAAGUACUUACCCACCUACGAGGAGUCCAUGAGGCCAAACCAGGUCAUCCUGCCGGUGUCCCACAUCACGUCCCAGCCAGGGGACAGCAGCUCCGCGGCCAAUGCCACCUUGCCUCCUUAUUCGCACUGA